AAAUGUCCAAAACCGCUAUAAUCGCGCUGGGGAAAGAGCUGGUCGUAGAUUUCACAUGAAACAUCGUCUCGAACGCGCCAGGCAAACGUGGAAAAAGACCGGGAAACCGCACGACGGCCUCCACGCUCCGCUCAGCGCCAUUUUGUUUCGCUUUUUUGCUGUUACGCUGCUGUUAUUCAUCGUGCAUUUUUUCAUGCGCGCUCGCUUACACGUCGAAUUUAGAAGAGAAUUAACUCUCUCCCACGCUCUCACUCUCUCUCGCUCUCUCGCACCACCACACACACAUGGGACUAACGCUCUCUCUGCUCUCGCUAGCAGAGCAACAAUGUCCGUCUCUCUCCCACGCAGCCGGCCGGGGCCGAGAGUUAGAGCGGUGCAGCAGUAGGCAGCAGGCGCGUGCGCCUCGUGCCCGAAAUGAGCAUGUGUGCGUGUGUAUUCGCAUUUCAGUAAUUUCGAAAAAAUUUUUGUAUAUUUGAUGGCGACAGCGACGGUUCGGCUGCUUUACUCACAAGAAACGCGCGUUUGUCGAAAAUCGUAGCGCGUACGUAUAUCGGUGUGUAGAAAUUACUAAAAAAUGAUGUUGCACUUAUAACAGUACAAUCUGAAUGUUGUAUAUGUUCAGUUUAAAUACAACAUACAACAAUAAUAACAAACAACAACAACAACAACAAUUAUCGCAACAGCAACAACAACCACAACAAUCACCGCAAGAAAAAGGAGUUAUAUAUUGUUUUUUUUUUAUUUUUUAAAUUCAAAACCCCCGACAAACACAACAAUACUACGAGAAGCAGCUAACUAAGCCCGGCUCCAUUCAUAAAGCAAUGAAAACCAAACAGAGAGCGACCAGAAUCGGUUGUUAACCAAGUGCACUAGCCGGAUAUUGGAUAUACGUCGUCUAUAUAUAUAUAUUUCGGAUAUAAACACGGCUCGCCCAGUCGAAGGAAAAAUUUCUCUCCUUCGACAUCGCCAUCGCCAUCGCCCUCGCCAAUCGUCAAUCGCCUUCGAGGAUACCCAGCAAUUGGAGUCUCUGCAUCGCAAUAUAAUUAAGGAAACAGAAUGCCUCCAGUAGUAGCACUAUUGCCGGCCCUUGGAGCAGCAUCUGUUGUCUGUGGCUCCCGUGCCUUCUAUUGAGAGGAGCCCCGGAGCGCUGAGAAUCUGGAGCAGGGGUGUGAACAGAUAUUGCCGAGCAUGAAGCAACGGACCGCUACGCAGCACUAUCCCUCAAUCAGCAACCGAUUUGUAUCAAUCACAAGCCGUAUAAGCAGAGCAGCAUCUAAUAAAUUGUCUGGAUCAGGAGCAGGAGCAGGACCAGGAGAAGGAGCAGGAGCAGGAGCAGGAGCACCUGGUGGCAUAGACAAAUUCGUGGCCAGUCAGAGGAGGAGGAGGAGGUGGUCGUCGGCCACAUAAGACUAGAUCCUCUCCCCCACCCCCACCCUGAACAAGGAGCAGCGCCAGAGGAGGAGCAGGAGGGACACGAACUGCAUAAGGAGCAGGAGCUGCCGGAGGAGCGGAGCGGAGAGGAGACGGAGACGGAGACGGCCCGGGCGUGUGUGUUUGUGGCUCGUGAGCGUGUGUGUGUGCCCAGUGUAUGAGCGUGUGUGUGUUGGCCGUCUCAGUCGAGCCCGAAACAGCAGCAGCAGCAGCAUCGUCAGCAGCAACAGCAACAACAUCAGCAGUAGCAGGAUCUCCAGAUUCUUAAUUAAUUAAGAACAUUCGUGAAAAAAGAAAGAAAAUCUUGAGAAAAGGAAAGCAAUUGAACAGUGAAGUACCAGAAUCACCCAACACCACAAGCACAACCGCCUCCACAAACCACCACAAACCACAAGCAACAGAAACAGCAACUGCACCAGCACCACCAUGUCGUCCAGUGAGCCACCGCCCCGUUACGAGCCACCCGUGGAGCCAGUCAAUGGCAUUGUACAGCCACCGGUGGUGCCGCCGGCGGAGCGCCCCGGCCGCAACACGAAUCAACUGCAAUAUCUGAUCAAGACGGUGAUGAAGGUGAUAUGGAAGCACCACUUCUCGUGGCCCUUCCAACAGCCCGUCGAUGCCAAGAAGCUCAACCUGCCCGACUACCACAAGAUCAUCAAACACCCCAUGGACAUGGGUACGAUCAAGAAGCGGCUAGAGAACAACUACUACUGGUCCGCCAAGGAGGCCAUUCACGACUUCAACACCAUGUUCAACAACUGCUACGUCUACAACAAGCCGGGCGAGGAUGUGGUCGUGAUGGCCCAGACCCUCGAGAAGGUCUUCCUCCAGAAGAUCGAGCUGAUGCCCAAGGAGGAGCUCGAACUGGAGCCGGUGACGGCCAAAGGUGGCAAAAAGAAGCAACGGGCACCAGCCACACCAAAAGCCGCCUCCUCGGGCUCGGGAGCGGGCGCCUCGGGCGCGGGGACGGUCAGUAGUGGUGGCGGCAGUAGCGCGAACAAAGUAUCUGCCGCCUCAUCGGCGCAACAAUUACCGGGCAUGGCGACGGGAGCCGGAGCCGGUUCAGCGACACCCGGAGCAGCGGGUUCUGGUGGUGGAGCGACUGCCUCCCGACCCGUAUCCGCCAUGGGCGGCACGGUUUCAUCAACGGCCGGCGGAGCACCGUCCAUACCACCGAUUAGCACAAUGCCACCGCACACGGUGCCGGGCAGCACCAAUACCACUACGACGGCGAUGUCCGGAGCAGGAGCGGCUGCCCCCGCCGCCGCCCUAAUGGCCAGCCUCCUCAAUCCCGGCCAGGUCGGCGGCUAUCCCGGCCAGACGGCGGUCAACAAUGCCUCCCUGAUGGACGCCAACAGUGUAACAGCAGCGGCGGCGGCAGCAGCAGCAGCGGCAGCAGCAGCCGCGGCGGCGGUCGGAGGACCACCCGGCUCCCUGGGUGCGCCCGGAGUCGGCGGUGCAGUCGGCGGAGCUGGGGCGGGCGGAGUGACAAUACCAACGGCUGCCGUGAACGCCGCCAACGCGGUACAGGCCUAUGUGAAUAGUACGGCGGGAGUGGGCGUCGGCGUGGGAGUCGGAGUCGAUGCCGUGAUACCGCAACAGCCCACCAAGGUGAAGAAGGGGGUCAAGCGGAAGGCGGACACCACCACGCCGACGGCCAAUGCCUUCGAGUCGCCCUACGCCCAGAUGGACUCCAAGUCGGCCAAAAUAGCGACGCGGCGGGAGUCGAAUCGUCAGGAUCUUACAUUCCAGGGCUCGGGCUAUACCAUGUCGCCGCUGGGCGUCGCCGGAGUGCCCGGAAUGGGCGGCAUGGGGGCUGGUGGCGUGCCCGGCGUGGCGAUGGCCAAGUCCAAGGAGAAGCUAUCCGACGCCCUCAAGUCCUGCAACGAGAUCCUCAAGGAGCUCUUCUCGAAGAAGCACUCCGGCUAUGCCUGGCCCUUCUACAAGCCGGUGGACGCGGAGAUGCUCGGCCUGCACGACUACCACGACAUCAUCAAGAAGCCAAUGGACCUGGGCACCGUCAAGCGAAAAAUGGACAAUCGCGAGUACAAGAGCGCGCCGGAAUUCGCCGCCGACGUGCGAUUAAUAUUCACCAACUGCUACAAGUACAAUCCGCCAGAUCACGAUGUCGUCGCCAUGGGCCGGAAGCUGCAGGACGUCUUCGAGAUGCGCUACGCCAACAUACCCGACGAGCCGGUCGCCAAUGCGGCCCACCAUCAUGGCCACGGCCAUGGACACGGCCACGGGCAUGGGCACGGUCAUGGACACGGCCACGGGCAUGGAGGCUAUGGCGGCGCAUCCCUCAAGCACGACGCCAGCGACUCAUCCAGCGAAGACUCGAGCGACACGGAAAACGAGUCCAAUUCGGACGAGGAGCGCAGCGCCAAGCUGAAGAUGCUCGAAUCGAAGCUCCUGGGCCUGCAGGAGGAGAUCCGCAAGCUCUCCGAGGAGGCCUCCGCCAAGAAGAAGGCCAAGAAGAAGCUCAAGGAGAAGAAGAAGUCCGGCGGAGGCUUGGGCUCGGGAUCAGCUGCCUCGCACCAGGGUGGUGUCGGCGGCAUGGGCUCGGGCGUUGGCGGCGGAGCCGGCGGUCAUGCGGGCGGUGUCUCCAUGCCCGGCGGCGUUGGUUCCCUGGGGCCUGGUGGAGCGGCAGGCGCCAAUCUGUCGGCCCUGCUCACCGGCUCCCUGGUGGGCGCUGGCGGACCAGGCGUGCCCGGCGUACCCGGCGCCGGUGGAGCGGCCCUCCACAGUCAGGCCCUCGACGCGGCCAUGGGCUUUGCCCAGAUGGCGUGCGGCCCCGCCGUCGGAGGUGCCGGCUUUGGCACUGGAGUGUCGGCGGUGGGCGGAGCGACGGGCGGCAAGGCGGGUACCCUGGCCAACGCCUUGGCGGCGGGUGCAGCGGCAGGCGCCGGCGGCACCCCGGCCGGUGGCGGCAGCAGUAAAGGUGCUAAGAGCAAGGGCCAGCGCGGCGGCAAGGGCGGCGCGGGCGGUGUCGGCGCUGGUGGCGGCGGUGCUGCUGCGGGCGGUGCUGCCGGCGGAGCGGCCGGAGCAGCGGCUGGCGGCGGUGCUGUUGGUGGAGCGGCCGGUGCCGGCGGAGCUGCGGGCGGAAAUGCGUCCAAGCGGGCCAAGGGCAGCGGCUCGGCGAGCGCCGGCGGCGCCAGUGGCGGCGCGAAUGCCGGCAGCGGUGCGAACGCCGGGGCACGCGGCAGCAGCAAGAAGAAGCCCAGCCAGGUGAUGAACUUCGACUCCGAGGAGGAGGACACGGCCAAGCCGAUGUCGUACGACGAGAAGCGCCAGCUCUCGCUCGACAUCAACAAGCUGCCAGGUGACAAGUUGGGCCGUGUGGUGCACAUCAUUCAGAACCGGGAGCCAUCGCUGCGUGACUCCAAUCCCGACGAAAUCGAGAUCGACUUUGAGACGCUGAAACCGUCGACGCUGCGCGAGCUAGAAAGCUAUGUGGCGUCGUGUUUGCGCAAAAAAACACGUAAGCCAUAUUAUAAAAAGCCUUCCGGCAAGUCGAAGGACGAACAAAUGGCCGAGAAGAAGCAGGAGCUGGAGAAGCGACUGCAAGAUGUCACUGGCCAGUUGGGAGCCAGCAAGAAGACCUCCAAGAAAGAUGAGUCCGCUUCGAACAAGGUGGAGGCAGUGCAGCCGGCGAAUCCCGUGUCGUCGAGUUCCAGUUCCAGCGAUUCAUCGUCGUCGAGUUCGAGUGAUAGCAGUUCGAGUGACUCGAGCGACAGUGAAGCAGGUGACGGCGACGAGCGACCGCCACGCAAGAAAAAGUCCCGCGACUCGAAUGGCAGUAAUGUAAAUAACCCGAACCUAGGCGGCGGCCUAGACGGCAUCACCUCGACCCUGCUCAUGGGCCUGGACCAUGUGCUGAAUCCCAAUGCACCCACAUCACAAAUGUCCAUGCUGGGCAAUGCCAAUCCUCUGACGGCGGCUGCCAUGCUCAACAACAAUAACAAGCUGCCGGGCAGCAAUUUUGGUGGGGCGACGAGUGCGGCCAACAUGCUGCACGCUCCCUCGGUGGCCGGCGGUGCUGCAGGCGGUGUGGCGCCCCACAAGAACGGACCAAACGAUCUGGGCAAGGUGCCGUCCUCUGUCGUCGGCGCUGCCGCCUCUCUUCCCCCGCACAAUUUCCCUGGAGCUGGAGCCGGAACUGGCGGCGGCAGCGGCGGCGGCGGAGGCGGAGGCGGUGGCAUUCGGAUAGCCAGCAAUUUGCACAAGCAGCCCGGCGAUCUUGGAGACCACCAUGCAGCACUGGCGGCUGCCCUGACAUCCCUAAGCGGCGGCAGUGGUAACAACAAUGGCAGCACCGGCAGCAGCAAUCCGCUGGAUUCGCUGGCCGCCGGCCUGAAACAGAUUCCGCAGUUUGAUGAUCCCGUGGAGCAGUCGCUGGCCUCGCUGGAAUUCAGCGCCGGCACCGGCUCCACGGGCAAGUCUUCCGCCGCCUCGCUGACGGAUAGUUUUCUGAUGCAGCAGCAUCCGAUGCAGCAACAGCAGCCGGCAUUUGGAGGCCAUCAGCAGCUGCAGCAGCAAGGUUCCCAGCAGCAGCAGCAGCAGCAGCAUGGCAUGGACUAUGUUACGGAAUUGCUAACCAAGGGGACGGAAGGUGUGGCCGGAAUGAAUGGCAACCAUCUGGCAGGCAUCAACUUCAACAUGGACAUGGCGGCGGCUGCCUUCCAGCAGCAGCAGCAGCAGCAGCAACAGCAAAAGCAUCCGCAACAGCAGCAGCAGCAGCAGGCGCACAACAACGGAUUCAAUGUAGCCGACUUUAGUAUGGCCGGAUUCGAUGGUAUCAACACGACGGUGGCCUCGGCAUUAAUGGACCUGGAGCUCACCAUCCAACAGAAUCAGAUGCACUUGCAGCAGCAGUCUCUGCAGCAGCAGUCGCUGCAGCAGCAACAGCAGCAGCAUAACCAGCAACUGCAACACCAGCAGCACAACCAACAGCUGCAGCAGCACCAGCAGCACAACCAGCAACAGCUCCAGCAGCAGCAGCAACCGCAGCACAUCCACCAACAACUCCAGCAGCAGCAGCAGCAGCAACAGCAACAGCAACAGCAGCAGCAAGUGGCCAACAAGAUGCUCAUCAUACCGAAGCCCAUCGAAUCGAUGAUGCCGAGUCCGCCGGACAAGCAGCAGCAGCAGCAACAGCAGAAGGUGCUGCCGCCCCAGCAGUCGCCAUCCGACCUGAAGCUGCAUCCCGGUCAAGCGGCUGCAGCGGCGGCAGCAGCAGCUGCGGCGGCGGCCGCCCAGAAGAACCUGAAGAACGCCAGCUCGUGGUCGUCACUGGCCUCGGCCAGCUCCCCGCAGAACACGUCGAGCAGCUCGAGCAGCGGCAAGACCAAGCCGGCGAUGGACUCAUUCCAGCAGUUCCGCAACAAAGCCAAAGAACGCGACCGCCUCAAGCUGCUCGAGGCGGCUGAGAAGGAGAAGAAGCAUCAGAAGGAGGCCGCGGAGAAGGAGCAGCAACGCAAGCAUCACAAGUCCUCCUCGUCCUCCAGCUCCAACUCCAGCUCCUCGGCCGCCCAGGCGGCUGCCAAUCAGGCAGCAGCUUCCCAAGCAGCAGCCUCCCAGGCGGCGGCUUCCCAGGCAUUGGCAGCAGCAGCGGCAGCGGCGGCGGCAGCAGCGUCGGUAGCCUCCAGUGGGGCUAAUCCCUCCGGCAGCAGCUCCAGCGGCAGUGAUCGGGACAGGGAGCGAGAGCGCGAACGGGAACGGGAAAGAGAGCGUGAGCGGGACCGCGAGCGUUCCGGCAGCGGUAACGGCAGCAACUCUGCAAACAGCAAUGGACCCGGCAGCGCAGGAAGCGACGGCGGCGGCGGAAGGUCGGCAAGCGGCGGAGGGAGUGGACCGAACAGCGCUGGCGGAGCCGGCGGACCGAACAGUGGCGGCAACGCCGGAAACAAUAGCAACAGCGGCCCAGCGCUGGCCAACGUCAGUAGCAACAGCAACAGCGGCGUGGGCAGCGGCGGCGCUGCCAGCAGCAACAGCAACAGCAGCGUGGGCGGCAUCGUUGGCAGUGGCGGCGGUCCCGGCUCGAACAGUCAGGGCAGCAGUGGCGGCGGCGGCGGAGGCAGCGGUGCCCUCGAUUAUGGUCAGCAGGUGGCCGUUUUGACACAGGCAGCAGCCCACGCCCAGGCGCAGCAUGUGGCCGCCGCUGUGGCUGCCCAAGCCAUACUGGCAGCCUCGCCUUUGGGCGCCAUGGAAAGCGGAAGGAAAAGCGUGCACGACGCCCAGCCACAGAUAUCGCGGGUGGAGGACAUCAAGGCCUCGCCGGGCGGCCAGGGACAUAGUUCGCCGGCGCAGCAAUCGCCGCAGGAUCGGGCGGCCGCCAAGCGCGCCGAACAGCGGCGGGCCGAACAGGAGCGGCGCAGGCGCGAGGCAUUGGCUGGCCAAAUCGAUAUGAACAUGCAGAGCGAUCUCAUGGCUGCCUUCGAGGAGACGCUGUAGGCCAAGGCCCUGCGAAGGGUCAGCUCCAAGACAAAGUCAAACUCGUCAUCCUCAUCCUGCACCACCAACAGCAACACCACCACCACCACCACCACCACCUGCACCUCCAUCGGAGGCCAAAAGAAGCAGCGCCGUUUCAAGCGGCACCACCAUCAGCAUCAGCAUCACUGAACAGCAUCGAAAUCGAAGGACAACAGCUGCCGACAGCAAACUGGCUAGGAGGGAGAAGGACGGCAGUUCCAGAAAGGAUCUGUUAAAACAAGCUACCAAGAUACCAACCAUCCAAUCAACGAGGAAAGAAACGAGCGACAAACAGAAACAUAAGCAAUGUUCCAAGGCGUAACUAAAAUACGUACAUUUAGUGAGUAUCUAUAUAUGUAUGCAAGCAUAUACGGAGGGAGGAGGCGCAGGAGCAGGCGCAGGAGGAUGCAAGGACCUAGCAGCAGCAACAUGAGACAGAUGAGGAGGAUGAGCAGCAACAGCAACAACAGCAGCAGCAGCAGCAACAGCAACAGCGGCAGCGGAGGAGGCAACAAACAUUAACAGAAAAAGGCAAAUUUCCUUUGGUUAGCAAUUGAUUCUUCACAUAACAUUAUACAUAUAUAUAAAUAUAUUUUUUUUUUAACGCAUAACUUACGAUUAUUAUUGUGUAUUACGAUUACAAUGAUGAUAACACGAUACUGUUUAUAAUUACAAUGAUGAUGGCCGUGGAGAUCCCAAUGCUUAUUAAUGUUUAAUAUUAUUGAUUGCCUAGGCACGUUUAGUUUGUAGUUUUAAAGUCUAAUUGAUAAAGAAUAUUUUUUUUCCUAAUUGUAUACACCUACACACCUACACACACCUACACACACACACACACACACACCUAUGCUUAGAAUUGUUAACUAAUUUAAACACAAACAAAACACAAAAAAAAAAAACCAACAAUCUUAAGAAAAAAGUAACAAAAAAAAAUCAAAUAAGAGAAAUCAAUUCAAGAUAGGGGAUCAUCUCUCUGUCCAAUCCAAUAAUGUUAAAUUUUAAAAAUGUCAUACGAUAUAUCACCAUAUAGUCCACCUCCUUCUACGAUUCUCCUCCUCCCCCACUCACUCCCCACCAUCCCGAUCAGGAUCAUUUUUGGGCGGCAGCGCAAGGCCACAAACAAAACCUCCCUCCUCCCCCCAAAAAAAAAAGCACACGCUCCUCCAGCACCAGCUCCAAGUCCAGAGAAGCAGGACUACCGGAAAGGAUCCUCCAGAAGCUCCUCCUCAAAGUAGUUCCAAGAUUGCGCUGCUGGAGAAUAUGGAAAGGAAAGUUAGAUUUUAAGUAGCAACAGGAAGUUUUUUUACCUAUGACUCCAUUUGUAAUUAGUCAGAAGUCAGGAUAAAUUAGAACCUUAGUUGGAGAAGCCUUGAAAACAACAGGAUACACCGAAAGAAACCGAAACCGAAACCGAAACCAUUGCAGUGACAAUUCAGAGUAAAAUUCAGCCAGUUUGUGGCGUCUUCCAAACAGUAGCAGUACUAUACAUAUGUAGUUGCCCCUUUCGAGUCCUUGUCCGCAUCUUCGUCCUUACGGAUGUGUAUAUCCAGAGUCCCUGUACAUAGGUCAUAGGUCGAUGAGAUCCUUACCCUUCAUCCUUUUUAAUCUGUUUUGUGGAAAUCAGUUUUUAAAUUAGCAGCUCUGGAAGAUUUUAGCUCGGAGUCUGAUGUCCGACUCCCAAUCUGAUUCCUGGUGUGCCGUGUGCUAUGUGGGAUGUCCUUGUAUAUACAGGCAGUUGGCUCUUCCCUCCUAGUCCUUAUGUUGUUAUCCCUCGCCCGCAUCCUUCCGAAGACCGAAGACGUCAUUUCGUUUUGUGUAAAUUAGUUUUAUGGAAAGCGAGAAAGAAGCCGCUGGAAGGAGGAAGGAUUUUACAGAAGAAACCCCCAAUCUAUAAAUUAAAGAUUAAAUAUAUGAAAGUAAAUAUAUAUAUAUAUAUAUAUUAGAACAUACUACUGCAAAAAAAACAACAAAAAACAAAGCCACACAAAAAAAAAAAAACAAUACCUAUACGAAGGAGCAAACAUUUUUUUUCUACUCUUAGUUUUAGCAUUUAAUUGAAAACUAUAACAAAAAAAAAAACUAAAAACUAAAAACAAAAAAACAAACGAGAAAAGGCGUCAAAAGAGAAAUGUAUGAAAAAAUAAAAAUUGGGAAAACCGAAAGAAAAAAGAAUCGAUUAAAAAACAAAACCCCACAGUUUUUAAUUCACCAGAUCUGUAGAGGAUUGUAUCUUUAGUGCUGAGGGGUAGGAGAUACAGAUACUCCUCAGUAGGAGAUAGGAGAUGCAGAUGCUUGAUUUUGUCCAGUUGGAGAGAUGCAUUUUGGCAUUUUAGCUAUUAAUUGUUGUACUUUUGUUGUUACAUAACGUAAAGCACGAAUCAAUAUAAUAUACUAGAAGGAUGAUGAAUCGGGAGCAGGAUCAGGAUCUGAAGAGUAUGUAAUAUAUAGCGGAAACUCACUAAAGAAUCACUUUUCUAUUAUGUAAGCGACGAUCUUAGCCUUAAGCGCCUAUCGCUAAAACAAGCACUAACGGAAGAACGACUUACGGAAGCGUAAUGCAACAACUUAUAUUAAUGAAAAUUUAAACAAAUAUAUAUAGUAUAUAGGUACAGAUCAAGAUCAAGAUCAAGAUGAAGAUCAAGGUCAGGAUGAGGAACAGGGGGGAAAUGAGGACAUAUAGUGUAGUCGAAUCGAAGCAAAUCACACCCCGCACAUGGCUCCAAGUUGCAAGUAACUUGGUCGGCUGGUCGGUCCUAGCCCCGCCCCGCCCCGUUUAGCAUUCACUAAAUAAUUAAAUAUAUACACCACUGCAUAGUAAGCCUACUUAUAAUUAAUUGAGAUGGGAUGAGAGACCGAAGGAAACCAAUUAACAAGUAAAACGUAAACAAAUAUUUUACCUUUAAUGCGUACACUUAGUGUUAAUGAAACGUCAAGAGCCGUCAAGAGCGAAGAACUACAGACAAAAUACAAAAAUUAAGAAAAAUAUAAAAGAAAAUUUAAGAAAAAAAAAAUAAACAGAGAAAAUCCACAAAAAAAUAAACAAAAGUUCAUAAAAAAUA